AUGCGCUCCUUUGCCAUCCUCUCCGCUGCCGGCCUCGCCGCCGCCCAGGUCACCUCCAUUGUCAUCACGGACGGCAUCACGGCGACCGUGACCCUCCCGGUCUUCCCUGAGCCUACCGAGACCGUCACUGCUACCGUCCCCGCGACCACCGUCACCGUCUCUUCUUCCGUUUCUGCCGAGCCCUCGCCCUCCACCACUGUGACCAUCCCCGAGGGCACCACCACUGUCCCGGGCGGCAUCACGACGACUACUGUCGUUGUCGUCAGCGACCCUCCCGUCACCGUCACGACUCCCAUCGUCGUUCCCACCGGCACCGGCCCCGUCGUGACCCUUCCCACCAUCACCGAGUCAGCGGCCUCCUCCAUCACCGUCGUCAUCCCUCCUCUGAUCAACACCACCCUCUCUACCUUCACCCAGACCUAUUUCACCUCAUCCCCCAACGCCACCACCACGGGCCCCGUCACAGUGCCCACCGCUGCUGCCGACAAGGUCAAGAGCUCUGCCGCCGGCCUUAUCGCCUUUGGCAUUGCGAGCUUCUUCCUUUUGUAA